CGGAAGAAUAUAAGAUAUAUAUGCAGAUAUAGACUUUAAUUAGUCGUUAAUAAGCUUUAAAAAGCACAUCACUAAAUGCAAUAUUUCUGACGCAUAAUUAUUGUUUCUUUGGUUUAUUGCAUAUAAAAUAUUUUGAGUUGAAUUCUCAUAAUAGAUAGAUAUCAUUCCUGUUUAUUCCUAGUAUACAAAUAAUUAUGUAGUAGUUACCUUAUUUACAACCACGUCUUUGUUUUUAAGUACGUACACCUGUUUCCGCCUAGCAUAAAUAAUUAUUACCGACAUUCAGUUUUAGGGUCUGUAUUGUAAAAAAUCGGCCAAGUGCGAGACGAACUCGCGCUUGAAGGGUUCUGUAGAACAAACCCCAAAAUUUCACAAUUUUAAUAGUUUCGAUUUUGAGACAGACCGCGUAACAAAAAAGGUCUUAAAAUGACAACUUUGACGACAACCAAAUAAAAAAGAUAUAAUAUAUCUUACUCAACAAGCUCUAUACAAUGAUAAACAAAACUUCAGUUCCAUGAAUCAACUCAUUCAGUUUACGAUCUAGAUACCCGUGACAUACGGACAGACCGACAGACAAACGACAGAGUGGCAGCAAUAGUUUCGUUUUUUACCCUUUGGGUAGUGUUAAGGCUUCUAGGCAUAUAAAUAAAUUAUUUGUGCAACUAAACGAAUAAAUUAAAAAUGGGAUAUUUUCUAACUCAUGGUCUGAUCGGUAUACAAUUAAAUAAAUCAAUUCAAUAAAUAUUUGUUUACAAAAAUGCCAGGAUACUGAAGUAAAUUUUUGAUGGACUUCCAACAAUAUAUCGGAUAUGGAAAUUUUAGGUUUCCAAAUCAAAUAUCCACGUAAGUUAAACAAUAACUCAAACAUCCAUAUGUAGAACACAAUGUAGCUGUUUCUCGAGCCAUAACAAUGGUAAAGUUGGUGCUCAACCAAGACAAACAAAAAAAAACAUUUCUAAUUUAAUUUAAAAAUGAUAAUGAAAUUGACUGGGACUAAACAGUGAAGCUUAAUUAUUAACAAGAGAGCACAGAGUUAACAUAGCACAUAAACUAACGCGAACACAUUUUUAAAUUUCCAAAAUUCUAUCAUGAGUUAGUUAGCCUGUACUACUUUUAAGCAGGAGUGUCGCUCUAGCCUUAAGAUUCUUUCGAGAAGAGCUUAAAAUAACCAUGUUUCAGAAUAGCGCUGUUACUGAAGAUUUUGUUAUAUUCUUCAAUAAUAUCUUUGAUAUUUUGAAUACGAGAAGACUGACCCAACGAUUUUAAUCGUCCGAUUUCCUUGGAAACUAAAGACGAAGUUUCAAAAUUUAAAACUAGCCGUUAAAAAAACGAACCACGUAUUUAAUUAAAAUUUGCAAUAUAAUCGCUCUGAAAAGGAAGGCCAAUAAAGGUUUUUGAAUUUUGGGUCUACUUAUAUGCAUUGAAAGUCUAAAGCACAAUUUUGAAACAUAUGUAUACUCAAACUAUUAUAAAAUAAUUGAUUAACAUUACAACUUAUCGAAUCAGACAACAAGACCAUAUCGAACUUCUUUAGUAAUGACAAUUCGGACGCUCGUCAAUUUAAGGGCAUAUAUAGAAAAUUGUUGUGCCACAUGGAAAUUUUAAGCUGGUGAAUCGGGAAAUUGCACUCCCUUAGAAGAAAUUAUAUUUAUCGAAUGUCAUGCAGCACUACAUCUUCUCAAAGGUUCGAAGAGGAUGAAGGAGCUGAAGAUUUCUUCAGUUGCGUGCUUGAUAUCUUUCCGAACCAUGUUUUAUCAAACCACAUCAUAAGUUAUAUCGCCGGCUAUGUAGUUUAAAAGCAAAAAUAAAAUUAUGAAUAUAUGCUAUGAUGCCUUUUAACAGCGACCAUUGAGCUGUGGUUUCACUUUUUUUAAGAGAUAUAGGUGAUUUGUGUUAUGUUCCAAAAAAGUGAUUUGUAUGUGUAUAAUUGCUGUAAGAGAUUUUCAAAAUUAUGUAGGAGAAAAAAAAUUGAUAAAAAGCCCACACCAAUUCAAACGACUGAUUCUCGUAAUCAUGGAAAAGUUUAUAGGCACUUCAUGCUUCUAUAUAUCACACGAACAAGUUUAUGGUCGUAUGCAUAAAAUACCUGUCAGGAAAAGGUUAUUUAAUAUAUUCCAAAAGAGAAAAUAUUAUGAGAGGGGCUGCUUUAAAGCGGAACUUUUCUUGAAGAUUUGCUAUGAUUUUCGCUGUGGCUUAAGUCAACAACACAGUUGCCAGAGAAUUUAAUCGGCAUUUGAUGAUUAAGCACCACGUCCGAGUCGUAUAUUCGUGGUUCGGAGAAUUUAGACGUUGACGUGAUCAUCUCCAUGACGAGGUACGUAAAGACCGGCCUGCGACUGCACUUAUAGAAUGUAAUAUUGACACCAUACGGCAAGUUACUGAAACUGACAAAAAAAAUACUUGUCAGCAAAUUCAUGCUUUGUUAGACAUUGGAAUGAGCCAAGUGCAAAACUAAUUACAUGUUACCUUUAUUUACACAAAGGUUCGGAAGGUUUACACUCGAUGGUUACAAUAUGUCUUAACGAGGGACCAGAAACGACAGCGUGCCCAUUGGUGAAGAUGCACGUUAAAAAAUUUACUUACUGUGAUUUUCUGUCCAUAAUAUCGUAACAAGUGACGAAACCUAGGUGCGCUGCUUUGAAUCCAAAAUAAAAAGCCAAUGCAUAAAAAAAUAGCCGAGUAGAAAAAUGGUUGUUGUUUUAGUAUCUACUACGGUUAGUAGUUAGUAUAGACUACGGUUAGACACAUUACAAUGUACAAAACAUAACAAUGUAGGCCAAUACUUCUAUACGGAUGCGAGUUUUGGACUAUUAAAAUGGAACUCAGAAAACGAAUAGAAUUCGAAAUGUAGGCAUACAGACGAAUGUUAAAAGUUAGUUGGACUCAAAUAGUUCCAAAUGAUGAAAUCCUGCAACUUGUUGGUAAGAAACGCGAACUUUGGGGUACCGUCACAGUGAGGAAGUUUGCGUAGCUAGGACACUUGACGAGACACGAAAGAUACGUUCUCCUACAACUUAUGAUGACGGGCAGAAGUCUUGGUUGUGAACCUACGUGAAUGGACUGGAAUCUUAAGCACCGCGGAAUUGUUCUAUCUAGCUAAAGACAAAGAGACUUAUGUACAGCUGACUGUCAGCCACCGCUGUUCAGAGAGGCACUAGAAGGACACUUGAAUAUCAAAGGACGAGAGAGUUCGCGACAAGCGUUCUCGAAGCAAUAUCCUCCUUCACCACGAUAUCACACCUUUAGAUUCCUAUAAGUUAACGGAAGCUUAUAUUAAAAUUUCGAAUGUGGAACUGAAAAAAUAAUUCAUCAAAAUGUUAAUUAUAUUUAAAGUAUAACCAUAGAAAGAAGAUAAUAUAUAUACUACCUAAAAUACAUAUUUAUAUAAAUACAUAAAUAAUAAUAAACAUUUACAUAAUAUUUGCCUCUCAGAAGGCCAACCCCACGUCCGGUGUAACAUCUGAACCACGUGAGAGGCGGUCACCAGAAACGAAUUUACUAUACAGGUGACCAAAAGGGCAUUGGCAAACCCCAUCAACAUGGAGAAUUUUAAUAAUAGAAUACGUAUAGGACCGCUGCCCGGGGGCGAUCGCCGGAGCACGUCUGGAGCUGCUGGACGUGACAGCAUACGAACCACCAGUGACUCUUUGCUGAACAGGCGGGCGAGAGUCGGGGAACUCGAAAAUGUCACAGUCGAUCAACGAGGGGGUAGAUGAUGCUUUGCAGAGUAGGGCUAAGCCCACAGACUCUGUCGGCUCAUCUACAACGACCACAAAUAAUACAUUAAGUGACGAUAGACGAAGAAAGUGGUCAACAGAAGAACUGAAAGAAUUAAUGUUUUGUUAUUUUAAAGCACGAUCAGAAGGACCAGUUUACAUAGGUAGAUUACAAGCACUUUUUACAGAGAGGAACCCUAAUAAUACUAAAAUUAAUAAGUUUAAUGGAAACACUUUGUCAAAUGAAACUCGCAGGAUAAUUAAACAAAAUGUCAUAUCACAAGAAUUACUAGUCCAAAUACAGAAACAAGCUAACACACGAGACCAACACAUACAAAUCACGCAACAAACACAAUCACCAAACACAACACAUCUAUCAAUCACGCCCAACACAUCUCAUACACCGGAAACAUCAGCCGUCAAACACACAACGGAUAAGAAAAGAGGGCGAAGAAGGAGAAGAGUAGCAACUCGCACACGAUAUACUACAGAUGCACACUAGUUAGGUGCUUCUCAUAAUUAAUCAUAUAUAUGUUACGGUUUAAUAUAUAUAUAAAACAUCAACUAAACUACAUAAUAAUAGAUAAUAGAAGACAUAUUGGGGACAUAGAUACCUCUUUUCUUGUGGGUUACAGGACGGGGUAUUUAUUAAAACCGACAAAAUGUCGAGAUGGUGAACUCAACCAAUCCUAGUCAGGUCAUAAAUUCUGUCACAUGUUUAAUAUAAAAUAAUUGAAACAAGUUUAUUCAAAAUGACCUCCGUGAUUUUGAAUACAGUCCUUCAAUCUGCGCGGCCAGUCGUCUAUCGCAGCACGAACGAGGUUCAUGUCAAUAUCGGCGGCUGCCUUAAUCAAGGAUGUCUUGAGUGACUCCAAAUUGGGAUGAGGCUUUCAGCACGCCUUUUCUUCCAAGUGUUGCCAUAUCUUGUAAUCUAAAGGACUCAAAUCUGGACUAGAGGAGGGCCAGUCUUCGUGCCGGAUUUAGUCGAUUUCACGCGCCGAAAGCCAGUCUUGUGUGCUCUUCGCUCUAUGAGCUGGCGCCGAAUCUUGUUGGAAUACCCAGUGCCUGUUAUUGAACAUGGUAUGAAAAACAGGUUCCAUAAGGUUCGUCAGGACUGUAUUUUGAUACACAACUGCAUUCGUUUUUACACCUUUCUUACAAAAAUGUACUUCUGUUAAGCCCCAAUAAGAAACUCCUAACCGUACCAAGAGCGAGGAUGGAAAAUGACCUCGUUGGACAAGCGGAAUACGGUUGCUCGCUUCUUCACUACUGUGGGCGUACACCUUAUCAUUUUGUUUGUUGUAGCUCUCUUCUUCGGUAAAAAUUUUUUCAUCCGAAAAAAGAAUUUCCCAGUAUUUUUUCCCGCGUACCGCUUCAACAAAGCGCGGCAUCUCUUCAGUCUCAGGUCCAUUAGACGAGCAUUCAAACGAUGUCCAGUUUUUCUUCGAUAUGCCCGAAGCCCUUAGUCUUCAAUUUAACACCCCUUUCACCGUGGUUCUGCUUAACCCCAUCUGAAGGGCCAACAGUUUCUGCUUACGUUUGGGAUUUCUUUGAAUUUUCGCCUUCACAGCUUUUAUCACUGCUGGAGUCCUAACAGACCGAGGGCGACCACUUCUUGACCUGUCAUCUUCAUUGUACCGUUUGAUGGUACGAUAAACGAAUCUUUUGGUUAUAUUUAAAAUUUUCAGUAUGUCAAAAAUUUGAAUUGGCGCGUAACCGCAACUGCAACACGGUCCUCUUUAAGCGUCCACUCCAUAUUUAAAAAUGAGUAAAAUUCUAAAAAGUAUACAUUUUUAUUUUCAUUAACAAUUCGAAAUUCGAAUUCAAUAAACUUUUUU